GAAUAGGAAUUAUAGAAAAGGAUGGAAAUGAUCUCUCCGUUGUAAAUGCGUCAAUAAUAAUUACUUAUUAUUGUCAAAAAUUUUUUUUUUACGUUUUUUCUGCGAUCCUCAAAAUUUUCUUUUGACUUUUCUGGAUUGGUCGAUUGCCAGAUCGAUAGGUCCUUCUAUCUCCUCAAUCUCUUUGAAGGAAUCUGAGUUUUGGAAGUCUAAGAAAUGGCAAGUGGGUUUGGGGAAUCAGCGAGCCAUUCGCUCCCAAAUCCAUCUUGCUCCAGCAGCAAUGCUAAUGGUGAUGCUGGUAAUUUUGAGUGCAAUAUCUGCUUUGACUUAGCUCAAGACCCCAUUGUCACCUUAUGUGGUCAUCUUUUCUGCUGGCCUUGCCUUUACAAAUGGCUUCAUAUUCAUUCCCGUUCUCAAGAAUGUCCUGUUUGUAAGGCCCUUAUUGAGGAAGAAAAAUUGGUCCCUUUGUAUGGAAGGGGAAAAUCAUCUAGUGAUCCUAGGUAUAAAUCUAUCCCUGGUGUUAGUAUUCCAAAUCGUCCAGCUGGACAGAGACCUGAAACGGCUCCUCCACCAGAACCAAAUCAGUUUCCCCAAAAUGGGAUUGGAUUCAUGGGAGGGUUGGGAGGUUUUGCACCAAUGGCAACAGCUAGGUUUGGGAAUUUCACACUGUCUGCAGCCUUUGGUGGUCUUAUCCCAUCAUUGUUUAACCAUCAGGUCCAUGGGUUUCCUGAUCCGGCUAUGUUUGGUCCAGCUGCUGGGUAUCCAUAUGGGUUUUCAAAUCCAUAUCAUGGUGGCCAUGCUCAUGGAUAUCAUCAUCACCAUUAUCAUCAUCAUCACCAUCGUACUGCUCAAGGCCAGCAGGAUCAUUAUCUGAAGAUGCUGUUUCUAUUUAUCAUUGUUUGUGUUAUCGUUGCAAUGAUUUAUCAAUAGAACAAAUCUGCUAUCAGAGCUUAAAUUGCUAACUUAUUUUAGGAGUGUCAAUCUGAUGUGUAAAUCUAAGAGUGCAUUUUCAUUUUCUUUCCUUUUUUCUUUUUGUUUCAUGAUUGAGGAAUUGUUUAUAUGGUAUGGUUGCCAUUAAUAUGUGGAAUGCAGCUUGUCUGCUUUAAUAUUUAUGCAUUGGAAAAUCUUUUGCUCUCCUCUAUGUUUGAAAUGCAUCAUUGUGUUUUAGCAACUGCAAUAUCCUUUGGUUCACUAAUUUGAUUUUUUUUUUUUCUGUGCGUCUUGGCCUUUUCUUAUAAUGGUUUCAGCGGAAUUAUUGUCUUGAGAGUAGGCUCACGGAUUUGCAGCUAAAUUUUCCUAAUUCUAGUCAUGAUAUCUUCAAGUAUUGGGUAAACAUAAAAUGCAGUAGUAUUUUAUGUGCCUAGCUAUUUUGUAAAUUAGAACUUCUUGCAAUUUGAAUAGGUUUUGUCUUGGCCGUCUAUAUUUCAUGGUUACUGGUUAGUUAAUGUGUCUAUGAGAGGGGAUAGCUAAGUUGGAUUAGAUGGGUGCUCAAAUAGUGUUAACGUAGGUGGACUUGUUUCUCUCUUUAGUUAAAGCUUUGCUAUAUGCAUUUUUCAUAACCAUACUCAUAGUUCUGUUUCCACUGCCCUUUCCCCUCUCAUUUGAGUCUUUAUGAACAAAGGAUUUUAUUUAUGGAGUGAUAAUAAAAUGGCCCCCUUUCUGGGUCUGAGUGACAGAGCCAUUCUUGUGCUUGCUUAGCUGUUUAUGUAAAUAAGUAACUAAAUGUUUCUAUUCUUUUAGUGAUUAUAGAUCAAUAUACAGCCUGAGUUUGCAACCCAGGUUGUGAUUCCAGUGUAAUUGUGCAUGGACUAUGAAUAUCAACUUGAGAGAUAGAUACAACAUUGAUUGCUUUGGUUAAUUGGGCUUGUGACUCUCAUUCUUGAUUCCAGAUUAUUAUUUGUUUAUUGAAUUAUUAAAUUUGCAGAGGGAGGUGACUUUUUAAUUGAAUUUGUUUGUUGUAGCAAAUUAGGUUAUAUAGCUUUUCUUUAUGUUACAACUUUGAUGUUAUCUUGUAUUUUAAACAGGAGGGGUAUUUGAUGGUAAAUGUAGAAAACUAGUGUUCAUUGUGCUGACAAUACAUAUUGGCUUGCUAGCUUCUUUUUGCCUCUAUCUCUAUGUCAAUCCAUAGCUACUUCAUAGUGGAACAUAGAGACGGAUAUACUGUGGGGGCAGCUGUCCCUUUGAACUAUCAAGUUUGAAUCAGCAGUUAUGUUACACUAGAUGAUGUUGUAUGACCUUCCCUGUUGUCAGCACUCGUUGGUUAGAACAUAGAACCCUACCACUUCGAAAAGGAAGCACCAUCUUUUAGUGCAUCCUCAUAUGUCCUGUGCGCACACGUGCCAUAGCUUUUUGUUGAAGUUGGCUUUGUUGGUACUAGAAAAGGAUCUAUAUGCUCAAAAUGAUGGUGGAGUCUAGUGUUGGUUUCAUCCUUUAAACUACUUUCGGACAACCAUCACAUGAUUUUGCUGUCCUUGAUAGACAGUGAUUAAGGAUCUAAAUGAAACAAUGCAAAAGUUAAAAACGGAAAUGAAAUCAAAAUAAAAGAUUAAAGAUUAUAGUUGAAACUUCCCCUUGUAAGUUUUGUAGGUUACAAAUAUAAUUUAGAUACUUAUGGGCUUGCAUUGUUGAUAUAUGUUUCUUUUAUGACAUGUGGUCCUAAAGUGCCUUCGUUUAAUCAGCCUCCUAGAGUGAUCAGAUCCACCAGUUUCAAGCUUUUCGUGUUGAUUGUUGUGGCCCUUAAGUUCGUAGGACAAAGCUUUAAGCACAUGGGUUGCUCGGUCUAGUGCUUGGAGCCUGGUCGUGCAGAUUUAAAAGUUUUUCCCUUCCUAACUUCGUCCAACUCUAGGCAGUGGCACAUGGUACGAAAAUGGGCGCCAUUGUUGUGCGUUACGAGCUGUGCAUAGGGUCAGGCUGUUUCAGUGUCUCUCUAGUAUUAAGUGACAAUCACUUUCUUUAAAUCAAAUGUGUCACGGUUCCGCUCUGUGACAUAAGAUCGAGAACUUUUUGCCUAGCUAGUGCGCCUCAAAUGGAUAAGCUGUGGCCUAUGGUUACGAACUAUAUAGCAUGUGCUAAUAUUGUGGACUGCACCAGACAACCACCAUUCCUCGUCAAGCUUUGUUACUUGUACCUUAACCAGGAUUAAUAUAAGUAAAUGAAUUUUGGGCUCAAUGAAUUUUCCGAGACAAUUCUCUUCAUUAUCUACGCUUAUGAAAAUUUUGGAGUGUUGCAGAGUUCAAUGCUUUUCAUGAUCCUCAUAACAACAAAAAGAAAAGGAAAUUGAAUAAACUUCAUUGUUAGUGUAUGAAAACCUAUGU